AUGGAUGACUUUGAAUAUCUGAAACCUGGGUUUGACCCCAAAUCUCUCAAGGUUGCUCAGUUGCGGAGUGUCCUGCUGGAACAUAAUGUUGAAUACCUGUCUUCUGCCAAGAAGGCUGAUCUUGUUAAGCUUUUUAAGCAGCAUAUUGAGCCCAAAGCAGACCAAUAUUUGGCCAAACUGACUUCGGUUAAUCCCAACGGACGUGGAAUCGUUGAUGCCAAGAAGCCUGGUGCCACCACCAAGAAGGAGGAGCCGGAUGAAGACAAACCUUCUAGAGUGUCCAGACGCAAACGCCGGGAGACGGUUGAACCUGAGACUGAGCCUGUGGAACGCAAACCGAGGGAAAGAGCCUCGAAAACCCCGAAGACAGAUGAAAACGAGCAAGAGGACGAGAACGAGAAAGAACCUGCUGAGAAGUCCUUUACCCAAAACAACGUGUUUCAGGCCUCUCCUUUAGUUUCACCUAAGAAGAAGCGUGUUUCUAGCCGGACAAAAGCUUCCGGAGAGAAGAAGGACCAGGAAGAAAUCAAGAACGGUUCUGAGGAAACCGGAAAUGAUGGGGAGAGGUCGUUCUCCAGCACGAAUGUGUUCCAAUCAGCACCUGUUUCUGUGCUCCCAAAGAAGAGACCUUCUCCUGUCAAGAUUCAAGAGCCUGAGGUAGCCAAGAGAACCACAAAGAGGAAACCCAGAGUCUCAUCGAUCACUGAGUCUAAACCACUACCCAAAAGCUCUCUGGAUCUGGAAAAGUUUGAGAACGAGGAUGAUGCCGAAUUGCUUGCAAAGAGCUACAAUCAAAUGAGGAAGCUGAAUUCCAAAAAGAGUGAAGAUGGUAGCAUUGGUAGCUCCACGAUGAAGCUUAAAGGUAUUACCAAGCCAGAGAAGCCAGUGUCGCGAACUAGCAGGACCAAACAGAGAAUACAGUCACUGUCGCCGCUAGCUCAAUCAUCUCCCAAGGACGUGAAGCCAAAUAUCCGUUCAGAAAAGACGGAAACAUACGUGAAAAGCUCGAACACGUCUAUUCCAAAAUCUUUCCUAAAUUCCCUGAAUGUAUCACAGGAGUUUGCGGAGAAGUUGGGUGUGUCCCUGGACGGGAGCCCUCAUUCCAAAAUCAUCAGUCCUCCUUCACCAUCCAUGGUGAAUAAGAAAAUAACAGAGAAGGCUUCCAAGGUGAAAUCUCCAGUUUUCGCCAGAGAAAGUCCUCAAGUUCAGAGAAUCACUACCCCUUCUCUUUCAGACGAUGAAGAAUCGCUGGCCAGGUUGCAGAAGGAGAUGACCGAAGCAGAUGAACUGAUCCAGAAGGAAACCAACGAUACUUUAGUCGCCCUGGAAAAUUCUACGGAGUUUUCAUUUGUCACCUUCAUGAAGUUCAUCAGUUUGUGGAUAUUGUCGGUCCUGUUUUUUAUAGGAGUUUGGUGGUACAGAGAUCAGGUCAUCCAAGUUGGAUACUGUGGAGUCGAAGUGUAUGCGCCUACACUGGCAUAUGGUGGUGAUACAGAUCCGAGAUUUGCGUACUACGCUGAUCUGGUUGAGGAUAAGCUCCACAGUCUAAGACCUCCAUGUGACGUAUGUCCGGCGCAUGGAAUUUGCUAUCGUAUGUCUAAGCUCAGAUGCGAAGAGGACUACAUGUUAGUUAGACCUUGGUAUUCCUUUGGAGGAGUUGUACCCAAGACAGAAUACUGUGCUCUUGACACACGAAAAGCUGAUAAAAUCAAAAAAAUGACUCAAUAUUGUUUGGAUCUGUUGAGGAGACGCAAUGCAGACAUCAACUGCGGUGAAGGAUCUGAUGCCCAGGUUGGCCUGACGAUCGAGGAACUCCAUGAUUUGCUAUAUGCCAUGAAAUCCGAAACAAUUGACGACGAAGAGUUCGAGACAUAUUGGGCAAGAACACUCCAAGACCUUGAGGGCGAAGACGACAUCAUAGUAAGCUUAUUUCUCUUUUCAAAUCCCUCCGUGAACCCCAGGUUGCUUACUAACUCAGAUAUCCAGUUUCGGAAGCCAUCAGGUCUCGAUCAAAAACUUGGCUCUAACAACGUCGGUGGUAAGGCACCGAACAAAGGCACCGUUAUUCGAUCAACGUCCACCUCCAAGCUCAACUUUCGGUGCAGACUGGAGAGGGCUUUCUUUAGGACACUUCUCAAGUAUAAGUUUAGGAUACUAGGUCUGGUGUCAUUGUUGGGCAUCCUUCAAUACCUCGUCAUACAAUACAAGCGGACUGCCGCUACUAACGCGAGAGUGGAGAUGCUUACCCAAAACGUUUUGAGUAUUCUUCACAAGCAGGCCCGGUUUGCGCGCGAAGACCCCAAGGGGACUGCAAGACCUUAUAUGGGAAGUGUCCAACUGCGCGAUUACCUACUUAAUUCGGAAGAUUCGCAUUCUAAAAAUAAGUUGUGGAGUGGUGUUUCCAAGAAGAUUGACCUCAAUACCAACAUCAAAGGAACUACGCUAGAGGAACACGGAGAGAUCAUGAAGGUUUGGGAAUGGGUAACCGAUAUCGGUUUCACCGAUUGA